AUGGACCCCUCUGUCGCCCAUCGGCCCUGGGAGACGGCCUCCGGGCCCCAGACCCCGGCGGCCUCGACGCAGACUCUGCCCUCGAUCUCGACCCUCACGGCCAAUAUGACCGGGGUCAAUCCCUCGGAGAAGUCGCCUGGGAACACGUCCCUCAACACGGUCGAGCGAGAUUCGGGAAAUUGGUCGAUGCCGCAGAGCACACGAUCUUCGACCUACUCGACCGCAACCAACGGCACGGGCAACAACUACCCUUCCUUGACCUUCCUAACCUCAACAUCACAACCCUCGCCCGUUCGCGGGCAUCCAGCCGCCGUCGACCGAUCCUCCUACCCACAUGAGCAAUCCACCACCCCGUCCUCCGCCGGUGCGCAGCAGCCGUCGCCCAACUUCAACACAUCCCAGCCCAAUCCCGCACUACCUUCGAUAAACCAGAACUAUGAAGCGCCAUCCCAGCGCGGGAGCGUGGCCGAUACGACUGAGUCCCGGCGGAGCAGCGUCGACAGUCGCAUGAACCAAGGGAUCAGCUCGCUCGCCAUCAGUCCAGCAUCACCAUAUCACAGCACCAAUGCGUCGCAAUCGUCGAUUGUGUCGAAUCUACAACGGGAGCGCGGCAUCAUCCGGUACUCGGACACACAACCGAUCUCGCCCAUGGGAGCUCGAGCUGGAGACGCCCGCAACAACUUUGCGGGGGGUCGGACAGCGCCUGCGAUCUCGUCAAAUCCCCGGUCCGAGAUUUACAACGCCGACGCACCCACGGCGGGUAUGGCAUACGCCUUCCCCGAUCCCGAUGUGGCACGAUCGAACUCCAUGUCCUCCACCGAGAGAUCCAAUCCAUCCUUCUCCCGGAAAGGCAGCAUGGCGGAGUCUCUCAGCAGCAUGUAUUCGGAAUCCCGCAUGCCGCGGGGACAGCAUGAGCUGCCCCAGAACGUACACCACCAUUCCAUGCAGCACAAGCAAGUGCGAGAGCUGAUUGGGGAAGAAUCUGAAUUAUCCGGGGGGAACACACCGUACAGCCGCACGCCGGAACUGCGGGUCACACACAAGCUGGCCGAGCGCAAACGCCGGAGCGAGAUGAAGGACUGCUUCGAGGCGCUGCGCAUGCGUCUCCCGCAGGGCCACAACAAUAAGUCGAGUAAAUGGGAAACCCUAACCCGAGCCAUUGAAUACAUCAACGGCCUGGAGAAGGCGGCCAACCAGGCCCAGCAGAUGGUCAACCAGGCCCAGCGUGAGAUUUCCUCACUACGGACGGAGAAUGAGGAGCUGCGCGCGCAACUCAAUCAGAACGGCCCAUCACGACCGAGCUCGAUCUUUGAGCAUCACCAGAUGGCUACCACCCCGACCAACGGCCAGGCCCAUCCGCCCGUGUUCUCCGGGUUUGGCAAUGGCUCAGGCGUCCAAGACCAGCCGCGGACCCUGCCUCCGCUCAUGAACGGCUCCGUGGCACCGAUGCAGGGGAUCCAGUAUACCGACGAGCGACGGUAA